AUGCCCGAGUUGGCAGAGGUUGCACGCAUUGUGCAUUUCAUUCGACAGCACCUGGUUGGAAAGACGCUAGCCAAGGUACAGGCGCAGCAUGAUGAUAUCGUUUACGGCAAAGUUGGGACCAGCGCAGCCGAAUUUCAAAAGGCAAUGCAAGGAAAGAAAAUUGUUGGUGCUGGCCAACAAGGAAAAUACUUCUGGAUUACAAUGUCUUCACCGCCACAUGCUGUGAUGCAUUUUGGAAUGGCUGGCUGGCUGAAGAUCAAGGAUGAAGACACAUAUUACUACCGAUCAGACAAGCCUGCUGACAAAGAGUGGCCGCCAAAGUAUGCGAAGUUCAUACUGGAGACAAAGGAGGAUCCAAAGACGGAGGCUGCAUUUGUGGACGCCCGCAGGCUGAGUCGUAUUCGCCUGGUGGACUGCCCUGGCGAUCAGAUUCGCAAAUACACACCUCUCAAGGAAAAUGGACCGGAUCCUGUCGCGGACAAGGAUAUUGUGAACGAAGCAUGGCUGAUGGAGAAGUUGAAGAGCAAAAGGGUUCCCAUCAAGGCUCUUCUGCUUGACCAAGUAAACAUCAGUGGAAUUGGAAAUUGGAUGGGUGAUGAGAUUCUAUACCAUGCCAAAAUUCACCCCGAGCAGUACAGCAACACCUUGAACGAUGACCAAAUCAAGGAGCUCCACAAGUCACUCCAUUAUGUCUGUUCCACGGCUCUGGAUGUCCUAGCAGACUCGGAGAAGUUCCCUGAACACUGGCUCUUCAAGCACCGAUGGGGCAAGGGAAAGAAGAAUCAUCCCACUACUCUUCCCAACGGGGACAAAAUUACCUUCCUUACUGUCGGAGGCAGAACGAGCGCCGUUGUACCGGCAGUCCAGAAGAAAACUGGUGCUGUGGCGAAAGAGGUCGAUGAAGAUGAUACCUCUGCAAACUCGAAGCGAAAGCGGACUGUGAAAGAGGAGGAUGGCUCUGAUGUCGAAGAAAAGCCCAAACUAAAAGCCGCCGAAUCAAAGAAGAAGAGAAAAUCGACUGUCAAGAAGGAGGAGGAUAAUGAAGAAGAAAAAGAAGUGAAGCCACCAGUUGAGGCUCCCAUUGGAAGACGUCGCUCUACGCGAUCAAGAAAAUAA